AUGUACCUUAUAUCAAGCAAGUACACCAGCGUGUAUGCACCUAUAGUUGUUGACAGUGAGUCUGAUGCAGAUGACCACACAGACUACCCUGCAGUGGAAAGUCCACAGGGUUUGAGCUUGAGUGCUGAAAACAUUGUUUCAGAACUGGCCUCCAAGAUUACCAAUACAUCAUACAGCAGGUUCAACAUCAACCGGGCAAAUAUAUGGGAUGGAGCACUCAGAGGCUUUAAGCGACAAUCUUAUGACCCAUCACAUGAAAUUUUGGUUAAAUUCACUGAUGAUGAGGGGCGAGCAGAAGAUGCAGUGGACACUGGUGGUCCUAAACGGGAGUUCCUCACCCUGCUGAUGGACAGCCUUAGAUCAAGGAGAGUCUUUGAUGGUCCAGACGAUAGGAAAUUUCUCACAUUUGACUGUGCAGCUGCCAGAGAUGAUGAAUAUUUUCAUGUUGGGAGGAUGAUCGCUACAUCAAUAGUCCACGGUGGUCCAGGCCCUCGAUUUUUGUCAGAAUUGCUCUACGACAACCUCACGGGAAAAUCAACCGUUGAUGUUGAAGCAAGGAUUGAGGACAUCACAGAUGAUACCAUGAGAGCUUCCUUGCUUGAGAUAUCCAGUGCAGCAACACUGGAUGAACUGCAUGCAGUGAUCGACAAACAUUCAAGUCUGUUGCAGACUGCUGGUUGUCUUCAGUACCCAGAUGUUGUGGUGGACAAGAAGAUAAUCAUUAAGGACUUCAUGCAGUGGUACUUCAUUUACCGCAACCAUUUUUCAAUACAAAGGUUCAAGGAUGGGCUUUCAACACUUAAUGUGAGUCAUGCUUUGGAGCAGCAUGCAUCCACAUUCAAGGCAUUUAUGUGCUCAAGUGUGGAACAGCUGACAUCCACAACACUGGAUAACCUUUUCGAGGUUCAACUCAGUGAACAAGGCAGUACAAGACGCCAAGAGGAAACCAGAGUACUAGCAUUCUGGAGAGACUAUCUCCUCGAUACAGAAGAUAGAAAAACAGGACUUUCCCUUGCAGACAUCCUGAUGUUCGCCACAGGACUCAGUUCUCUGCCCCCAUCUGGGAUUAACCCGAGACCAAAGCUGGUGUUUCAAAGGAAUUCUCGCUACCCAUGCAGCAGAACCUGUGCAAACACAAUGGAAAUUCCACUGUCAAUGACUUAUGAAGAGUUUGCAAAGGACAUGGACUUCGGAAUAGAAAACUCUCCUGGUUUUGGACUGUACUAAUUUUUUUUUUUGUACAACAAACUGUUAGGUUGACCAUUAGUUCAACAGUUAUUUCCUGUAUUUUCAGUUCUGUUACAAGUCAGCCAUGUUCUUCAAUGUCAUAUAAAGUUCCACACAGGUCUCCCAGGUCGUUGGCUGCAUUACACCACUUUGCCUAUGGAGAUCCUCAAGGUGUGACUGGAGAUGAUGAUCCCCACAUGGACUGUGUGUUGCCUCACUCUCAAAUGGCCGCAGUUCGUCCAGUGAAACUGGAAACCCGCAGUCAGUUCCACCAAACCUGUGAGUGAAAAUAUAUUCCUAGUUUUAGUGUCACAUGUUGCUUGGACUAAGGAGCCUUAACCUUUCGUGUAUUAUGUAAGUGCAAGAGUUUUUCACAUCUUUUGAUAAUGCUGUUAUGUUUUAUACUGUUAUUUCAGGGAAGAUAAAAAGUUAAAGUCCGUGUAAAGGCAAUUACAUGUUUUCUUUCAAAACACAAUAAAUAUGUUGGAAAAUAGUUGCUGAAAACAUGAGAAAAGACUUUGAAUGAUGUAUUACUGCAAUGUGGAGUUAGAGGUUCAAACAGUUUGUCACUGUAA